AUGCCCAUGCCUCCGGGCACAGUUCGCAUUGAAGGUCAGAUUGUGUCGUAUGAUACACGCUUCCAAGCACUCACACUGUGUAUAGAUCUUCACAGCAAGAACGCCGACGUUAUCCUCCAGCCCCAGCCCACCACUGACCCCAAUGAUCCGCUGAACUGGCCAGCAUGGAGAAAAUACCUCAACUUCGUCCUUGCGAAUUUCUAUGUGCUCCUGGUCUUUGCAUUAAUCAACAUGGUGACGGUCACCUGGGCGUCGAUGAACCUGGAGCUGGGCUUCAGCUACGACAUUCUCAAUGACAGCUACGCCGCUGGCUGCGGAUCCCUCUGCAUAGGAGGCAUCUUCCUCCUCCCCUUCGCACUGAAAUAUGGCAGACGCCCAGUGUACAUCCUCAGUCUGGCUGUCCAGUGCGGAAUAUCAGUCUGGUCUGCUCGGGUACGAAACGUCACGGAUCUCAUGAUGGUCAACAUACUCGGGUGUUUCGUCGGAGCCCUGUGCGAGGUCAUGAUACAAAUGACGGUUGCAGAUGUCUUCUUCGUCCACCAGCGUGGCUUGAUGAACAGCAUUUACAUCUGGACUCUGACCAUUGGAUCGUCGCUGGCUCCGCUUGCCGCCGGAUACGUUACCACGUCUCAGGGCUGGCGUUGGGUCUGGUGGUGGACUGCCAUUUUGAUUGGAGUGUUUGUGCUUCUGAUGUUCUUCCUCUACGAGGAGACAAAAUACGAAGGCUUGGUCCUGGACGGCUUCCCCACUACUAAUCGCCCUUCUCAGGACGAUUUCACAGGGUCGACAGAGAAGAGCUCGGAGGAGAAGUCACCCCCCUCCAAGGACGCCGGUUCUGAUACUGUUGAGGUAACCCACCGGGAGCCUCAACUCACCAAAGUUGAGGUUGAUCCUAACAUCCCCGUUAAGCCGUACUGGAAAAAGCUGGCUCUCUGGUCUUCAUCACCAAAAUCCAUCCGAGCCUUUGUCAGACAUAGCUACCAGCCCUUUCUCAUCCUCUGGCACAUCCCCGCGGUGCUGUACAUGUCGCUACUCAACGGAGCCAUGACCGCGGCGGGGAUCAUGCCCAUCACGGUGUAUUCGGUCUACAUGACUCUGCCGCCGUACAAUUUCGAGCCCCAGCAGAUCGGACUCUUUGGGUUGCCGUUGUUCAUCGGCACGCUGGUUGCCGCACUCAUCUGCGGACCACUGAGCGACUGGAUGAUUUUGCGGAUGGCCAGGAGCAACGGCGGGGUCUACGAGCCCGAGAUGCGACUGUGGCUGAUCCUGGCGUUCACGCCGUUUGUCGCGGCAGGCUUGUUGAUGUUUGGGAUUGGGCUUGAAAAGGGUCUCCCGUGGCCUUUCGUGGCCGUUGGGCUGGGUGUGAGUUCGUUCGGGACGGCUCCAGCGCAGAGUCUCUCCCUGACGUACUUGACCGACGCCUACACCGAGAUCAUCUCAGACUCGCUUGUGGCCGUCACCUUCGUGAAGAACCUGUUUCCCACCAUCCUGGUGUUUGCAUUGACGCCGUGGAUUACGGCAGUUGGUCUGGGAAACGUCUUCAUUACGGCCUCGGUGAUUUUUGUUGCUAUCCUGCUGGGUAACAUCAUCUUUAUUCGUUUUGGCAAGCGUUUCCGGGCGCAUUCGGCAGAGAAAUACCGUCUAUACGCUGGUCACCCUUUGGCCGCAGCGUAG